UGAUCCUUCUGACCACGGUGUGUGUUCGGCACACAGCAACUUCAACACCUUGAUGACCCCAGAGGCGGCAACGCUCCGGAGCUCAUCAUGCUUGAGGCCCCGGUGCCCAUCGACUUCGCAAGCGGCCCUUAUCUGCGUCUCGAUGACCUCUCGCAAGUCAACGAGUCCAUUGCAACGAGGCCAAGGCUGGCCGGCCACUCGCCCGUCUACGCCACACCUGAGCUUAUCAACGCCAUAACGGACUGUGAGGAAGCUGGCGUGCGAGAGGACUACCCCAUCGGCGUCAGCCGAAGGAGCAUUGUGAUGGUGAAGAGCAACGAAACCUCCAUCGACCACAAAGAAGCCCCCAGCGACCACAGGCGGCACUGGUUGGUGCAGCUGCCGAGAUACCCCUCGUCUCUCUUCGAGCUCCGCUGGCUCUUGAGUGAGCAACGAGUGUAUCCUUCCGCCGAAUCUCAGGAACACAUGAGGCAGGCAUCCGAUCUCCGGAGGGCGGCGGCCGAAGAGAAAGACGAUGCACUGUCAUCCUUGUGGGCCAGGCUGAAGGGGUCUCCUUCCGUGGCGAGAAUCAAGGAGUGGCUCGCCAUCUUGCCCGAUGACGACUACGACGGUCUAUCCAGCCAGCUGAGAGGCAACAUCAAGCAGUUUGAGGGGUGGAGAAGAAGGCUUGUCAACUCGGUUUUCGCAUUUGCUCGAAAAAAGGUCGAUCUCCCUCUUCUAAGCGAAGUACCAGGGAUGAAGGAACAUCUCGAUCGGGCCCUGAGAGAAUGGCAGAAGAAUACGAUGGAAUCCGUGAAGUCUGUGGCCGAGAAAGCCAUGAAAACCACCGACAGUUCAGAGGAAGCGCUGGCGUCGUUAACGCACUCCCUGCAGCACUGGGAGAGACUCUUUCUGCCGCCCUCCCUGGCGGACAACAGCCUCGAUGAGGUGUUGCUUUCGAUCGACAGAAUGCGGCGUGCAGCGAACAUCAGACUCUCCCACGUGCUGGCGGAGACAUUUGUCAUAUGGAGGAGACAGGGCCUCUUCGGCAAAAAGACGAGACAGCCGGCUGAUGAUGCGAAAGAGCAGCUGAUCGGGCUGGUUGUGACACUGCCGGACAUUUCCUUGCCACAUAUGAAGGACCUGCCCGCUUUGACUACAGCUGUCUCCUCUAAGCUACAACAAGACACAUCGGAACGGACCGCGGGCAUCUAUAAGGUCCUUGAAGGCAUUCUGAGGGAGGGAGACAUGCCAGCAGCAGUCAAGACCGCCAUAAUGGAGAGCAUCAGUGGUAUCCUCGCUCAUUCAGAGAAAGACCAGCAGCACGCUCUUGCCAUCCCUGCACACUUGGGGCUCCAUCAGCUUCAGGGCUUCCUGUCCUACAAAGUCGACGAGUGGUCCGCGAUGCUCGAGACAGAGAUAUCACGGUCGAUGGACGAAUGGCAAAAGAUGGUCCUGCAGCUGACGGAGAAGCACCUCCUCUGGGCCAAAAAUGUCGUCAGGGACACCUUUGGGUGGAUCGAAGUGCAUCAGGCGACGGCAAGCCCAGCAGAUCAACCGAUGGUGUUGGCGUAUGCCUUGCAGACGGGCGACGGGGCCUUGUUCGGCGAGUGGCGGCUCACUGUUUCGGGAGAUUACAGGACCACAACAGCGCGCAUCGUUCCAAUGUUUGGAUCAAACUCUAUCGUUGACACCAUAAUGACCGACACAUUUGGUGAGGGGACCAGACGCACUACGGAAGAGCGCCCUGUAAGACACUAAACGCCGUUAUGUGUGUGCUCUGUCAGCGCAGUGGGCCUUUGCUAAUACGGACACUUUGGUGCAGCUGAUGAAGGCGAUGGCGCAGACAAUGGGCAGCCAUGUGUCUGUUGCUGCUUCACUUCUCAGCAAAUACGACAGCGUAUACCGCGAAGUCAAGGGACACCUCAGUAAGAAAGUCGUGUGCGCAGAAUAUUGAAAAAUAUUAAGUGUCUGUGUGUGUAUUCAGUGGAUGUGCUGGGUGACCUCCAGGAGGGCUCAGAGACGAUUAGUGAGGCCUUCGAGACGCCUGCCUUCUCCUAUCGGCCGCCCCUCUGGCUUCGCGCCUCCAUCCUCGCGUCAUUCGCCACAGUCGCCGUCAUUGUCUUUGUCUUCAUUUUCUUGUGGAACCAGAGAAGAUCAUAGC